GAAGUCCACGCCCCUGUGGCUAACAGUACAUGCCUGCAUGGUCUGGCCGAGGAUCCAGGACGGUUAGCGGACAGAAACGAAGGGGGACCGCGCACACAUCAUGAUCCGAGACCUCAUCGCGUGAAAGCCGAGCUCGCAGAUCCUCAACUCCAGCCCUCAUCUACAGGAAGGCAUCAUGAUUCCUGUGAUGGAAUUCCGGCAGUUCUCUGAACAGCAGCCAGCGUUCAGAGUCCUGAAGCCGUGGUGGGAUGUGUUCACCGACUAUCUUUCUGUAGUCAUGCUCAUGAUUGCUGUCUUUGGAUGCACUCUUCAGGUAAUGCAAGAUAAAAUCAUAUGCCUUCCUCACAAGAACACAACUGACAUGGACCUGCAAUCCAAUAUUUCAGCUGUACCAAGAGAAAUGACAGGCCUGAAGACCGAUCUGGAUCUUCAACAGUACAGUUUCAUCAAUCAGAUGUGUUAUGAGAAGGCUCUGCAUUGGUAUGCCAAGUACUUUCCUUACUUGGUUCUUUUGCACACUCUAAUUUUUAUGGUGUGUAGCAACUUCUGGUUCAAAUUCCCUGGCUCGAGCUCUAAAAUUGAGCAUUUUAUCUCUAUGCUUGGCAAGUGUUUUGACUCUCCCUGGACCACACGAGCUUUGUCGGAGGUGUCCGGAGAAAAUCCCGAAGAAAAGGAACACAAAAAGAGUGGCACUUCUAGGUCCAAUCUUGCUGUGUCUCCUGGAGAAGGCGAUUUGGAAAGGACGCAGUCUCUCCGGUCUAUCCCAGAAAAGAUUGUAGUUGACAAGCCAUCAGCAAGUGUUCUUGAUAAAAAAGAGGGUGAACAGGCUAAAGCUCUUUUUGAAAAGGUAAAGAAGUUCCGUUUGCAUGUUGAGGAAGGAGACAUCCUCUAUCUUAUGUAUGUUCGCCAGACAGUGUUCAAGGUGUUUAAAUUCCUCCUGAUCAUUGGCUAUAAUAGUUCUCUAGUGAAUAAAGUGCAAAAUAGAGUACAUUGCGAAGUUGACAUCCGGGACAUGACAGGCUAUAAUGACUUUGUAUGUAAUCACACUAUGGCUCAUUUGUUUUCUAAGCUUUCUUACUGUUACCUGUGUUUAGUGGCUGUCUAUGGAUUGACGAGCCUAUACACCUCUUGCUGGCUGUUUUACCGCUCACUGAAAGAAUACUCCUUUGAGUAUGUGCGACAGGAAACAGGCAUCAAUGAUAUCCCAGACGUCAAGAACGACUUUGCUUUCAUGCUACACAUGAUUGAUCAGUAUGACCCUCUGUAUUCUAAACGAUUUGCAGUUUUUCUAUCCGAGGUCAGUGAGAACAAACUGAAACAGCUCAACCUCAACCAUGACUGGACUGCAGAGAAGCUGCGUCAGAAACUGCUGACUAACUCCAACAACAGACUUGAACUUCAGCUGUUCAUGCUCCCUGGUUUACCCGACACUGUCUUUGAGUUGACGGAGCUGCAGUCACUUAAGCUAGAGAUCAUCAACAAUGUCACCAUCCCUGCCUCAGUCUCGCAGCUGAAAGACCUUCAGGAGCUGUCUCUUUACCAGUGUUCUUUAAAGUCUCACACAACAGCUACCUCCUUCCUCAAAGAGAACCUGAAAGUGCUUCGUGUGAAGUUUGAUGAUAACAGGGAACUUCCAAAUUGGAUGUAUGGCCUGCGCAACUUAGAGGAGCUCUAUCUCACUGGAUCCCUAAGCCCUGAUGCCUCAAAAAAUAUAGUUCUUGAGUCACUGCGGGAGAUGAAAUGUUUGAAAACCCUCUCCCUUAAGAGUAAUUUGACCAAGAUACCCCAGUCUAUAGUGGACGUUUCCAACCAUCUGCAGCGGCUGUACUUACACAAUGAUGGCACUAAGCUAGUAAUGCUCAACAAUCUGAAAAAGAUGUCCAAUCUUAUCGAGCUGGAGAUAGUGCGUUGUGAUCUGGAGCGCAUCCCACACGCAAUCUUCAGCCUGACGAAUCUGCAGGAGCUUGACCUUAAAGAGAAUAACCUUCGCUCAAUAGAGGAGAUUAUCAGCUUCCAACAUCUUCGAAAACUCAUUUGCCUCAAACUUUGGUACAAUGGUAUCAUGUAUAUCCCAGAGCAUAUCAAGAAGCUUGGUAGCCUAGAGCGCCUCUACUUCAGUCAUAACAAGAUUGAGAUAUUGCCUUCGCACCUGUUCUUGUGCAACAAACUGCGCUACCUGGACGUGUCCAACAAUGACAUCCGAUUCAUCCCUCCAGAAAUUGGAGUCCUUCAGAGUCUACAGUAUUUCUCUGUCACCUGUAACAAAAUCGAAAAUCUACCAGAUGAGCUCUUCUUUUGCAAAAAGCUCAAAACACUAAAGCUUGGCAAAAACUCGCUGUCCGUACUCUCGCCAAAGAUUUCCUACCUAGCUCUACUGACAUACUUGGAGCUCAAAGGCAACCACUUUGAGCUUCUGCCACAAGAGCUUGGUUGCUGUCGUGCUUUGAAGCGCAGUGGCCUUAUAGUGGAAGAGACACUGUUUCAAACUCUGCCUUCAGAUGUCAGGGACCAAAUGAAGGCAGAGUAAAAUGCCUUAUUGUAGCCACAGUGCCUGCUGUUAGUUCUGUUUACCAGUUCAGAGCAUUUGUUUUAUAUGAACUCAUUACCAUACUUUAGUAUUACACUACUGUUAAGAAAGUUAGGAGUUAUAUCUCCAGUUUCCUUGACGAAGGGGAACAAUUAGACUCAAUAUAUUGUCACAUAGAGUGUGGCUGCAACAGGGUUGCUUUUCUGUUGUUAGAAUUUUAACUUUUGAAAUAUUAUCCGGCCAUAAAUCCUUCUUGGCGAGAGUUAGAUGAGACAAGUAGCCUGGCUCUUUCUAAAAGUGAAAAAAUACACCAGCACUAAUUAACUAAUUAACAUGUUACAGCUUGUUUGUUUAAUCCGUAAAAAAUGACAAGUUGUGGUUUCAUAGGGAGUUACAUGCUGGACUGUUUUUUGGUGUGGUGCACUUCCUAGAGCCUCUUAAUUGAUGCUGUUAGGUGGACAGAGCCAGGCUAGCUGUUUCCCCAUGCUUCCAGUCUUUAUGCUAAGCUAACUGUCUGCUAGCUGUAGCUUUAUAUUUUGUCUACAGACAGGAGCGUGAUCUUCUCAUCUAACUCUGCUUUCAAUGAGAAAGCAAAUAAGCUUAUUUCCCAAAAUGUUUAACCAUUUCUAAGCACAUUUACUGCUAUAUACAACAAUUUAAGUACUGAAUGUAAAUCUAAACUGAAGACCUCACUUAAGUUUAGGCCACUAGCCUUACGUAUGCUGUAUUUUAUACAUUUUAUUUUGCUCUUAUGAAGCGUUUUAUUUCCUUCCAAGAGACUGUUAGUUCACAUGGACCGCAGCAGGGAGAAUGCAAAAAAACAAAGAAUAUAUCAUACAUAAGUACAUCGUAUACCUUGGCUAAACAAUUCUGUAUAUAGAAAGAUGACAUUUUGAAGUGCAUUAAACUUGAAGGACUAUGUCA